AUGGUCUACUACGAACGAAACGAAGCCACGUCAAUCCACGAUGCCCAUGUGAACAACCUAGGUGAUUCAGAUUCUAGCACCGACGAGGCCAACUCGACAAUAGCUCAUGAUCCGAGGUUUCUUACAGUCAGCAACGCCCAUAUUUACCGACAUAUCGAUUCUGACCGGACCAUGCUCCUUCUCGCAUCCUGUUCCACACGAAGACGCUGCCAGCACCAGGUCAUCUGA